AUGCCUCCCAAGAAGACCCCCGGCGCUGCCGCCAAGGAGAAUGUCACUCUCGGUCCUUUGGCCGGUGAUGGCAAGCUCGUUUUCGGUGUUGCCCGUAUCUUUGCCUCUUUCAACGACACCUUCGUCCACGUCACCGAUCUGAGUGGUCGCGAAACCAUCUCCCGUGUCACCGGUGGUAUGAAGGUCAAGGCUGACCGUGACGAGUCCUCCCCCUACGCCGCCAUGUUGGCCGCCCAGGACGUUGCUGCCCGCUGCAAGGAGCUCGGUAUCAACGCCCUGCACGUCAAGAUCCGUGCCACCGGUGGUACCGGCACCAAGACCCCCGGUCCCGGUGCCCAGUCCGCUCUCCGUGCCCUCGCCCGCUCCGGCAUGAGAAUCGGCCGUAUCGAGGACGUCACCCCCAUUCCUUCCGACUCUACUCGUCGCAAGGGUGGUCGCCGUGGUCGCCGUCUGUAA